AUGGACCUCCUUCGACAACUCGUCGCCAGCCCUCGUGCCCGUCAUGCUGAGGCGGGCCUUGACCUCUGCUAUGUCACCGAUUUUCUCAUCGCCACUUCUGGACCAGGAGCAACGUAUCCUCAAGUCGCCUACCGAAAUCCGUUGAAAGAUCUUGUCAAGUUCCUCGAUUCGAAACAUGGCGACAACUGGGCGAUCUGGGAGUUUCGUGCCGAAGGCACUGGAUAUCCCGAUGAAGAAGUCUACAACCGAAUACGACAUUAUCCCUGGCCGGACCAUCAUCCCCCUCCUUUCAGUCUGAUCCCUCUGAUCAUGGCGUCGAUGCGGAAUUGGUUGAAAGGGAAAGACGCUGAAGGCAAGGAAAGAGUUGCUGUCGUACAUUGCAAAGCCGGGAAAGGGCGAAGUGGGACCGUGAGCGCCAGCUAUUUGAUCAGUGAGGAGGGUUGGACGGCAGAAGAUGCGAAACAACGCUUCACGGAUCGAAGAAUGCGCCCUGGGUUCGGUGCUGGUAUAAGCAUCCCCAGCCAGGUGCGAUGGAUCAACUAUGUCGAUCGAUGGACGAAGAAUGGAAAGAUCUAUGUGGAAAGACCGGUGGAGAUUGUUGAGUUGCAUGUCUGGGGUUUGAGGAAUGGUGUCAAGAUUGCUGUUGAGGGGUUCGUGGAUGAAGGCAAGAUCAUCAAGACGUUCCAUACUUUCCAGAAGGCGGAGCGACAGGUUGUACGAGGCGAUAUCAGGAGAGAAACCGGGUUUGCCGAUGUCGCUUUGGACUUGAUGGGGAAGAAAAAGACGGAUGAUGUCGGCGAGCGAGUCAAGGAGGCCGAACAAGCAGAGAAAGAGGCGGAGCGAACGAACACAGAUGAUUCAUUGCCUGCCGGCGGUGAUGUCGUUUUCAGGCCAUCUUCAAGGGUCGUAUUACCAUCAAGCGAUGUGAACAUUGACUUCGAACGACGCAACAAGUCGAAAUACGGCGGCUUUGCUAUGGUUACUGCGGUCGCCCAUGUCUGGUUCAAUGUCUUCUUCGAAGGUAAUGGACCAGAGAACAAAGGCGUGGGCGAUGACUCCGGGGUUUUCGACAUCGAUUUUGACGCCAUGGAUGGCAUCAAAGGUAGCCUCCGAAAGGGAACCCGGUGUUUCGACAGGAUGUCAGUGGUGUGGAAAGCUAUGCCAUUGGACCGCCAGCCAAGUGUAGUCAUCACGGAACCUUCAGAGGGCGAAGAAGUGGAACAGAAACGUCCGGCGGACUGGAGAGGCGGUGACAAGCAGUCUGAAGAUACUGAGAAGAAGCUAGGGUUGAGAGAAGCAAACUCGGAAUCUGCUGCGGUCAGUCGUGCUAGCAGCGUGCGGACAUCUAAGAAUGGGGACAACGAGCCCACGAUCGACGAGAUGGAAGGGGUGCAAAGCAGAGGACCUGACGGCAAGGCUUUGGAUGGUGUUCACGGCGAAGAUACCAGUGCGAGUAAAUCUUCUGGCCUGAAGCAUGCACAAACAGACCCUGAACCAGGCGUGAUCGAUAAGAUCAAGUCCAAAGUUACCGGAGCCGAGGGACUGCAGCCUGACAAAGGACAUGUCUCGACAGCAGAUCUUCCAGACGGUGUGCCAGAGGAUCAACUUCAAACAGCAAAGGAGCAUAACAUUGGUCAUAUGAAGGUAUUUGAUAAGAGCAAGGCUUCAUGA